AAAGAGAAUGGGACCCUAUUGAAGUAGAACAGAUACCUCUUCAAUCAAUCAUGUCUCUUCUUCUCUUUCCCUAUAUACUCUCUCUUUCUCUCACCUACACACACUUUACAAUGGAUUCUCUGCUUUGUGCUCCCUUGCCCAUGAACUGAGGUAUGUAUAGACGCAGUUCUUGAUCAUAGAAGGAGAAGGAGAAGAAUGAGGUUUCUUAAAAUGGGUUGAUUUGAUUUUUGUAAUAUCUCCCAUGGCAAAGAAGAUUUGCUUGUUUGUUUGGUUCAAAAGGCUGUUUGAUUCUGAGGGAAAACCAAGAACAGAGAAGAGAUCAUUUAGGUGGAGAUGGAUUCUUAGAAGUCUAAAGUUUAAACAACGCCCUGUGCUGCCAAGCCUUCCAUCACAUAAGAACCAAAGGUUAAUAGAUGAAGCAACAGAAAAGCAAAGAAAGUUUGCUAUGACUGCAGCCCUGGCGACGAAAGCUGCGGCUGAGGCUGCGGUUGCUGCAGCUCAGGCUGCUGCUGAGGUUGUCAGGCUCACUGGUUCUUCUCAAUCUCGUUUUCAUUUCACCAAGAAAGAUGAACACUUCGCUGCCAUUAAAAUACAGAGUGCUUUCCGUGGAUUUCUUCAGGCUAGGAAAGCUUUGCGAGCAUUGAAGGGACUGGUGACGCUUCAAGCCAUUGUCCGAGGGCAAGCUGUUAGAGAACAAGUAGUCGUGAAACUGAAGCGUUCGCCAUCAGAUGCAAAGAUGCUGUCACGGGUCCGAGCGAAAAGCAUUCUUGAUAUAGAUAACAUUGGUAAUGAAGGGGGAAAUAAACAAUUAUCCAAGUUGAAGGAGUUGGGAGACAUGGACAAUAUGCUUGAAUGCAAAAGCCAAAGAAGUUGGGAUUACAGCAAGCUUUCAAAGGAAGACAUGGAAAGCCUAUGGUUCAAAAAGCAAGAGGCUAGCAUUAAAAGAGACAGAAUGAUGAAAUUCUCUUUUUCGCAAAGGGAGAGGAGAAACACUCGCAGGCUGGAAGAAUCAAUAUCCGACAAGGAAACUGGUAGGCAGAACCGCUGGUUAGAACAGUUGACGGACAAAGAUGCAUUCGUUACACAAUGGACGGAGAAUCUAAAGUCAAGUGCCAUUUCUAGUCUGUCCACUGGUGAAAUAUUUGGUGAAGUACAAGUUAAAACAAAAGGUACUAGAAAGCAAGAUUCUGUAGAAGGAUUCAAUUCACCAGUGUCAUUUCCAAGAAGAUCAUUUUGUCAUACACAGAGAAAUGCUGCAGAGGAUGAAAGUUCUGCCCUGAAUUCUCCAGUUUUUCCUACUUACAUGGCUGCAACCGAGUCUGCAAAGGCAAAGGCAAGGUCGAUGAGCACUCCGAGGCAACGAAUAGGAAUUCAAGAUACUUGCUUUGAUCACAGCUUAUCAUACAAGAACAGACAAUUUCUUUGGUCUUCUUACGAUGGCGAAUUGUUUGGCAGUUAUGGAAGUAGUAGCUGUGCUUCUCAGGGUGUCUCUCUAAGCAUAAACCGCCAUUGUUGAAAUGCCGAGCUUGCUUUCAGCUAAAUGGCUACUAAAGGAUUACUUGGUGAGAGCUGCUAACCAGACAUUGAAGUAACAAUACACAGUGGCUCAAAUGAUCCUUCUGUGCCUGAAUUUUUUCUCUUUUUUUUUGUGGGGUGAUUUGCAAGGUAAAAUUUUCUGUUAGUUCAUAUCUCAAUCUUUGAUUUCCAUAAUCAAUCACUUGAUUGCUUAUAUUUUGUUUUGAAGGGAAGGAAGGGAGAAGAGGUUUUUUGUUUGUUGAGAGUUGAUCUGUUUGGGCAUGGUGUUAUGGAGCAAAAUACUUAGAAUUAGCAUUGUGGAGUUUUGCUUGCAUUUUAAAGAGCUUAGCUAGAAAUUCUUCA